GCACAGUCUGUGCUGGGAAGCCCUAGAAAUUCAUCAAGAAGUGAACCAGCUGGAUGCAUCAGCUGAAACUCAGCCUAAAAGCUUCAGAAGCAUUCCCAAAAGUGAUCACUUGAACAAGGGAAGCAUAGAGGAUAGAAAGGGCUGUUUGAAUGCUGUAGACUGAGUGAAGGACAGCUGGAAAACCGCGGUGGCAGUCAGGAGUUCCUGGUUUCCAGUUGGCACUGCCACAGACUUGAUGCACAAAUUUGAUUAGAUAGAAGACCAAGGCUUGCACAUUGGGUGAUGAAUUCCAGACACCUAAAUUGUCAGGAGGAGGGCUGAGAACUACUGAGGGAUAGCCAGACUGUAUGAUGCAGGAAACUCCACCAGCAAUAAACGUUCCAGCUGGCUAUAAAGAUCAAAUGACACUUGGGCUGGUUCACAACAGACAUUCAAGGGGAAGGUUUUGGAGUGUCGAGCGCAGAAUUCUCCUAGACUGAGCUCAGCAGAUGGAAAGUGCUUUACCUCUGUCAAUCCAAAAAGUGCUUUACCUCUGUCAAGUCUUAUGCCUAUUGGAUGAAAAAUGGGGGCCACGUAUAGAGAGAGGACAAGAAGGAGAAUAGCAUUACCUUGCUGAAUUACAGGCUUUGGAGGAAGAAAACUGGGAUCUGAAUCCAGCUCUCAAGUUUGAAUAUUGUCACCAGAAUUCGGGGGAUGAUGGCCAUGUUUGGCCAGCUAGCAGGCUGUGGCACAUAUCUGGGCUCUGCCUUUAAAUACUGCAGUCAGUUCACUUGACUCCACUGAGUAACUACACCUGAGGUGAGAGCAAUAAAAGGCCAAGAAGAGAUACUACAAUACCAGCUAGACUAUUAGUUCACUAUUGUACUGCAGACUUGAGAGAGAAACGCCAGAGUAGCUGAAACAUUUAGCAGGCUGAUCUUUUAAUAGCAAGAAAAAUAAACUCGUUGUGUUUUGAUAGGAAGACCUAUUUCUUUUUUAACGAUUCUGUGUUCCCAAUUUCCAAGCUGUUUGGAGACUUCUCCCCCACCAUCUAUUUUGAAAAAAACCUUUUUGGGCUGCUGUUUGUUUUCGCUGCAUCUGCACAUCGAGAAGCCUCUUCUUCUCUUGAAACCGUGGGCUCAGAGCAAGAAAACCCCCAAGCUUCUGCGGAUCAUGACAGGUUUUAUUUGAAAACAUGCUUGUGACCUGGAAGCUGUUUGCCUAUCCCAGUUUUUUCAAGUAACAAAGGAAAGGACUGUGCCCGUGAUGGCAGAGAAGUGCGACUGCAUUGCCAGCAUGUAUGGCUACGAUCUGGGCUCCCGCUUCAUCAACUUCAGUCCCCUGGGCUUUGGUGUGAAUGGACUGGUUCUGUCCGCAGUGGACAGCAAGAGCUGUCGCAAAGUGGCGGUGAAGAAGAUCGCCAUCAGCGAUGCACGGAGCAUGAAACAUGCCUUCCGAGAGAUCAAAAUCAUCCGUAGGCUUGACCAUGACAACAUCGUGAAGGUGUAUGAGGUGCUGGGGCCAAAGGGGGCUGACCUGCAAGGGGAUUUCUUCAAGUUUAACAUGGUGUACAUAGUCCAGGAGUACAUGGAGACUGAUCUGGCUCGGUUACUAGAGCAGGGGAAGCUGACAGAGGAACACGCCAAACUCUUCAUGUACCAGCUCCUCAGAGGGCUGAAGUAUAUUCACUCAGCCAACGUACUACACAGAGACCUCAAACCUGCCAAUAUCUUCAUUAGUACGGAGGACCUGGUGUUGAAGAUUGGUGACUUUGGGCUGGCGAGGAUUGUGGAUCAGCACUACUCACAUAAGGGUUAUCUUUCUGAAGGCUUAGUAACAAAAUGGUACCGGUCUCCACGCCUGCUUCUCUCCCCGAACAACUACACCAAAGCAAUUGAUAUGUGGGCUGCAGGCUGCAUCCUGGCGGAAAUGCUAACGGGAAGGAUGCUGUUUGCAGGGGGCCACGAGCUGGAACAGAUGCAGCUUAUUCUGGAGACGAUCCCCGUCAUCCGUGAGGAGGACAAAGAGGAGCUGCUCAAGGUGAUGCCCAAUUUCAUCAACAGCACCUGGGAGGUGAAGAAGCCUUUGCGUAAGCUGCUCCCUGAAGUGAACAGCGAAGCUAUUGACUUUCUGGAGAAGAUACUGACAUUUAACCCCAUGGAUCGAUUAACAGCAGAAAUGGGUCUACAGCAUCCUUACAUGAGCCCCUAUUCCUGCCCAGAGGAUGAACCAGUUUCACAGCAUCCAUUCCGGAUUGAGGAUGAGAUCGAUGAUAUCUUACUGAUGGAAGCCAACCAGAGCCAGAUGUCAAACUGGCACAGGUACCAAGUAAGUCUCUCUUCUGAUUUGGAAUGGCGACAUGAUAAAUACCAUGACAUGGAUGAGGUACAACGAGACCCAAGAGCAGGAUCUGACUCGCUUGCCGAAGAAGCACAAGUUGAUCCACGCAAAUAUUCUCAAAGCAGCUCAGAGAGGUUCUUAGAACUAUCACAUUCGUCGAUGGACCGGGUGUUUGAUGUAGAUUAUGGAAGAUCAUGUGAUUACAAAGUAGGGUCACCUUCCUACUUGGACAAACUGCUGUGGAGGGACAAUAAGCCCCAUCACUACUCAGAGCCCAAACUGAUCUUAGAUUUAUCCCACUGGAAAAAAGCAACUAUAACACCCGCAACAGAGUUAGCACUGGAAGAAGAACCAUCCAACCUCUUUCUAGAGAUAGCUCAGUGGGUGAAGAGCACUCAAGCAGGGCUCGAGUGCCCCAGUCCUCUUCCAGAGAUGCAAGAACGCAGUCUGCCACCUUCUCCUCACCAUCACCAUAAAGAACCUAAGGAGGUAAAGAGUGAAACAGACCCUCAGUUUGAUUUGGAUGUCUUUAUCUCUAGGGCACUGAAACUUUGCACCAAGCCUGAGGACCUCCCAGACAACAAGCUCAAUGACAUCAAUGGAGCUUGUAUUUCAGAACAUCCUAAUGAGAUUGUGCAAACAGAGGUGUUUCAAAAGGAAAGGUGGUAAAGAAUCAGUCUCAAAUUCACUGCUAAACUAUUUUGUAAGGCUUUGAUAACAUAUCUGCUACCCAGUGCUGAACAGUAAUUACAGUUUGAUUGGUCACUGAACAUCAGUUUCUUACAGUAUACUGAAUGCCUUUUUUAUGAAAAGGCGAGCACAAAACACAACCGCCUUUUGAUGCCUUAGAAAUACACUAAAAGGAAUCAAGAGGUGUGAAUGAAAUACUGAGUUUCUUAUGCUGCCUUAACAAUCUUGCCUUGUAAUCUCUGGGACCAGUUUGGAACUUAAAUGUACAAAACAGAGAUGACUGUACAUCAUUAUAAAUUUACAAACAGAGGUCAACUCAACUUCCUUUUUUUAUAUAGUAUCCUAAAAUAAUAAGGAUGAAAGGAGACUUUAUUAUUGCUGGAUACGCCCCUUGUUCGGCAAAUUCAAAAUAGGCUGAACCAGGGGAUUUCUUUAAUGAAAUCAUCUGAAUAUUGUCUGUAUAUAGCGGAGUAAGGUCAAGGGGUACCUUUUAACUGAUUAUUCCUCUGACCAAAUUCUGCCCUAAAUUGUUUAAAGAAAAAGAACUGUUACAUCCUUGUAAUCCAUUGGCAGAUUUUGUCCAUCAGUCUUGAAAACACGUCUGCAUGAAUGUUUGUACGGAGAAAAAUAUUGGUUAACAACAUGUGGGCAAUCUUUUUUUCUCUGUUGGAAACCAGAAUUUUAACUAACAAGCACGUUUCUUGAAUCUGGUUCCUCAUAUUUACAAGUCUUUCCUUCUGUGAUUCACAUGUGGAUCAGAAAUCCUACAAGACUGAUGCCUUAUCUGUGGUAGGUGGAUUAAAAAAAGAUAAUACAGUGAAACCUGUCUUAAGCAACUGCCCCCAGGACCAGCAAAUAUCAGCAGUGUUGUUUUGGCAGGAGAAGAGUACUAGGAGGUGGGGAAUCCACAGUUAUAAUCUUAAUUAUAGCAUCUGCUGGCUAUGUAACCGUAGGCAGUUCACUUCUCCACUAUAGGUUCUCCAUCUGCAACACAGAUAUAAUAAUACUUACCUUACUUGCACAAAUACUGUGAGACUGAAUGAGUUAAAGCUUGAGCAGUGCUUUCAGCAGCCAAAGCACUGGUUCAGUGCAAAAUUUUGAUACCCGUUCACCUAACAGAAAUGGCUGGUCUUGGGCUAAAACAAAGCCACAUUAGAACAAUUUUAGAUACAUUCAAAUACUGGCUUAAACUAAUGGGUUGGCUAUUGAAAAUGGUCCUUUGUGCAGACUGUACAGCAGGAACAUGCUUGAGAAACUUGUCUCCUAACUUUUGGUCUGGUAGCAUUAGAUUUUUACACUAGCAAAAUUCCCAAUUGGCCAUAAUCGCAUUUGAAGAAACACUCAGAUGUCUCCAAAGUUCUUUGCUUUCAGCUUCCCUGGCAGGUAAUUUUAUCAAGAAAGUAACUUUGUAAAUAAAUAUAAACAUGGCUGAUCUACUGCAAGUUCUAUUUUCAUCCACACUUCCUAGCACCUUAAUAAUUAAUCUGCUAACUAGAGUUUGUAUAUCAAAGAGAUGUUAUAUUUAAUCAACCUGAUCAAUUUUUUUAAAAAAAUUGAAAACAUGUAAAUAGUUAAGUGUCUGCAAAAGAAACAUGCAUUUAUUGUCAUUGUGCCAUUUUGUUCUUUAGCAUGAUGACAUUACUUUUAUUUGUAAAAGGUACACGACUGUAUUUACUAACUCAAAGGUUCCUAUUUCACUGCUAUCACGUGCAAAUUAUUUCUACCUUUAAAAAAAAAAAAGAUAGUCUAUUAAUUAUUAAGAGAUGCAAAAGAAAAUCUUUUGAGAGUUAGGUGAAAAACUAACAGCAGCAUUUAAUACUACUAACCAAGCUUUUUAUUAUGGUGGUAUUAGGAUUGCGAUACAGGUUUAGCUUUAGAAGAACCUUUGCUACAUGUUCAAGACCUGCUCAGCUUGCUUGUUCUUAUUGUUAAGAGCUUACUGAACAUAAGCUGCUUUAAAUACCGUUACUCCAGUUGCUUAGUAGAGUAGGUGUUGAGGCUGCCGGCUGAAUGGGUUGAGAUGCAGGUGGAAGUCUCUGUUCAGUCAAGGUAAAAAAGGCAUCUGGAAGGCAAGGAGAGCGAUUCACUGAGACGUGUAAAAUCCUUCCUGACAAAGAGCAGGGUGAUGCACUGGUUCUGAGAUUUGAGUGUUUGGAUUUUCUACUUUUACACUAGAUGCAAUACCCUAAAAGGGGAAGGGAAGGAGAGCCAGGAAGAGCUCAGUUAAGGUGUGUUACAAAUUAAAUUAGCUAUAUACCUCAACAAAAGCUCAGCACUUUUACUCAUGAGGUGCAAAAUGCACUUGGAAUAAGUGGAUGCUUCUGCAGUGUGGCUGCACCAAUGUAUGUCAGAUGAAUUUGGGCCAUUUGGUCUGGAUGAAUAAGCAAACUAAUGAUUCACUGCCCUUGUUCCUACCCACAGCUUAUCUGUGUGCCCACCAGCAGUCCAGGAGAUUCUGAGAUAGGCCUGGCACGCGUCCCCUCCAGUCCUGUGGGGUGCAAAGUGUCCUCCGGUGCUAGUGAAGUCAGGAGUUGAGUGUGCAGGGCCUAGGAGGAAACAUGCAAAGCUUGCAGCAGAAGGCCCCAAGUAAGACGAGAACAUUUGGGGAGCGGAGGAGUAUAACUAGACUGUAGGAUAAUGCAAGCUGCAUGAAAACUAACCUUAAAAGAUAGAGGCUGUCAGCAAUUAUUUACUACUGUUGGGCUAAGCAACAAGAUUUACUGGCCUGAGAAGUUAAUAUUGAUGAAAACCUGUCAGUAUUUUUUUCAAGGGACAAUAAAUCUUCAUGUUCACUGAAACAAAAACCUACUUCAUAUGUGAAGAAAAAUGGGAGAAUCUCUUUGCUUUGGCCAUGAAAAUGACAUUUGUCCUUUGAAACUCCCCUUCCAGUGGGGAGAUGGAGUUGAGGGCCAGAAAUAAAAGCUGAAUAUUUAUGUCACAAGAAGUAAAUAACUGUUUUAAUGGAGUUCUUUGCAGCUACUCAGGAUUUACAUUUCAAUUUGUGAUCUGAUCAAUUUAACAGCUUUCCAAAUGUCAGUAUUAAUGACCUGUAAUGGAUAAACAAUAGAAAACUCUAAUUUGUCACACGAUUGUUUUCAGCCAGUCACAAGCCAGGGUUUUUUCCCUGUAUGUAACAAUAAUAAAAUUUAAGGUCUGAGUCUUCCC